AAUACUACAAACGUACACCUCAUGAUUACGAUUAUAAGGAAAAGAAAUACGAUGAUGACUACUACAAGGAAAAGAAAUACGAUGAUGACUACUACAAGGAAAAGAAAUACGAUGAUGACUAUUACACGACGAAGAAAUAUUAA